CAACAACUUGUUGGGAAGUGAUACACUCUAGGAAUAAAAUAAUGUGAAGUACUACUCAUCAUCUUCUUUUUCUCCUUGCUUUUCAAAGUGACUGAAUCGAAUUUUAAGGAUUUUUGCAGAUACGCUGUUGUCCCCUCAUAGCCCACCCUCUUCUGGUCCAUUCAUCUAUUCCCCCCCUCUCUCUCUCCUCUCCAGAAACCCCAUUUCUCUCUCACUACAGCCCAUUAUUAUCUGCAACCCCGAGUUUGCCAUUUUUUUAAAAUUUCUUUUGACUUUCAAAGCUAGUAAAAGAUGGCUGAAGCUGAAAUAUUUGUACUCUGCAAUUAAUUAAAUCAUUAAGAUCGGUAAAGAGUUCGGUUAGUACUCCCUGCCCCUGUUAUAUUUGAAGAGAAAAAAGAUAUGUGGUACAAUCGUAAAGGAUUUAUUAGCCAAAACAUCAUGGCAGCUUGUAGCUUUGAUCUUCAAUUUACAUUUGCCGUUCUGGGAUGGGAAGGAUCAGCUCAUGAUGCUAGAAUACUACGAGAGACACUAGAGAAUCCUAGUUUGGGAUUUCCCAAUCCCCCACUUGGUAAAUACUAUUUGGUAGAUGCGGGGUACUCUAUUCAAGAAUUUUUUUUGCCGCCACACCGCAAUAUGAGAUAUCAUCCAUCUUCUUUCAAUGGAGAGAGACCAAACUCAGGAAAAGAACUCUUCAACAAAAAGCAUUCAUCGUUGCGUAGUUGCAUUGAGCGAACAUUUGGUGUAUGGAAGGCAAGGUGGCGUAUCCUUAGAUUCAUGCCUUCUUAUCCUUUUAAGGUGCAGGUCAAAAUAAUCUUAGCUAGCUACCAUGGCGCUACAUAAUUUCAUCCGUCGAUAUUGUCAUGACGAUCCUGCUUUUCUUUGUUUUGAGACAAACCUUGAUUUUGUUCCUCAAGAUCGCAUUACUCCACCAACACGUACAAGAAUCCACCGAAAGGUCUUCAAAUGAGGUUCACGGUCUAAGCUCUGCACGUAUGAUUGCAUUUCGAGAUGAAAUUACCGAAAAUUUGGCGCGUAAUAUGAGGCAACGUCGUUGAUAGUAUAUGACGAGUGCAUGUGUUCUAUUACACAUUUCCUUUCCUAAACUUAUUUUCAGACAUAAAAAUUUGCGAUGAAAUAAUGUUACUACUUUUUAUGUAUUUUGUGUUUCAUUUAUUUUUUAAAUGAACUCCAAUGGAUACUUAUGUGUAUUUUAUGCUUAAUUUUUAUUUUAUGUUAAGAUACUUAUGUGUAUAUUUUUUAAUAUUAAUUUACGCAUAUUAGUCAUAAA